AUGGACGAUUUCAUUACGGGGCCUAGAGGCCUGCAGGAUGACACAGCCUCGUCAGUUCCCGCCUCUCCGGGCUCCAGCAUUGCCGGCUCAUCCCGCGGCACCGUAGACCCGGCGGCCCUAUCACAAAUAUCGAUGGAUAUAGCGGCAAUCUCUUCUAGCAUGCUUACUCGGCGGGACAAAUCAGAGAUGGUUGCCGAGCUUCAGGCAGUGAUCAGGGAGGAGAUCGCGGCGGUGAGAGCAGACCUGACAGCCCUGGAGCACCGCGUGGACGCCCUAGACGCUGAUCGCAUACAGAAUGCUCACCGACAGCAGGCGGUGGAUCUGGCCACCACUCGGCAGGGGAACCUGCUUCUGGACCUCCGCCGUCAGGUCGAGGACCUUGACAAUAGGGGCCGGCGGAAUAACAUUCGGGUCCGGGGGUUGCCGGAGGCGGAGGGGGAGAGCCCGCAGGAAAUACUCACCGGCCUGUUCACACACCUGCUGGGUGAGGCGGCUCCGGAGGACUUUGGCAUCGUGAGGGCUCACAGGGCUCUCCGGGCACCCAGAUGGGAUGGCCUCCCCAGAGACCUGA